CACAAAACUCCACCAGGCCUUGUUACAGUACAUUACUACGACCCCCAAAUCUGCCGACGACUCCAACCAACCAACCAUCCAUUUCCAUCCCCAAAUUCUCUAGGUUACCUAAGUACCUUCGUUGUCACUGCCGGCGGACCACCGCAAACCAGAGGAAGCACGACAGCAAAACGCACAAUACCGAUCUCCUUGCUUUGGUAUUCCAACUCUAUCAAUUAAUCUUGUCGAUCAAUACUCAACCCAACCACGGUCACCCACUACUCGGUAACUACAAUAGACCAAUUUGACGACGUUCAGCCAGACCACAUCUAUCGACCUCCUCGGUCGACUAUCUACCCGCCUGCCGACAGAUUCCGUGACGAUUUCCCUUUGGGUGAUCCAGCUGUGAUCCUCGAUCCCUCGCAAGCACCGACACACACGUACAUAUUAUCGUUCGAUCAUUUCUACCCUUGUUGGCAACUCGAUAUCGAACGUCACUCAGCCACCACAAGUUUAACACGUACCGGCAUUUACGCUCCCAUAGCAUAGUGGCCAUCUCCCAAAAUCUCCUCAGCCCCAAUACGUUCUUUCUCGACUGCACGACGCUUGGAGACCAGAACAUCGUGUUCAAUUGCCGGUCCUUGCGUGGAUUAACCUCGCCUCGAUAAUUACUUGGACGAAAGAAGCCACGAAUCCCGCAAUCCCGGAUACAUCCUAGCUCCAAAAGCGUACACCGUGAAAGAUCUGUAUCGUUGCGACAUCGACGAGGGACCACGAGGUCGUCGCGUGCGAUGUUGCGGGUGGCGGACACUUAGGAUCAGAGUCGAGUUGCUGGGAUUGCAGGCUUUGCACACGUAACCAGCCAGCCAGUCACAAGGGGCUCCCCUCGACGAUUCGGUGCCUGACAACUCGCAACAUCGGCUUCGUGGCCCACCGUCAUCUUGCUUCUGGUAUUCCUUCCUUCCUACGAGCCCGAAUUCAAGCUCCUUAGCCGGCUGGGAAUGGAUCCCCGCUUCGCCGCCUCCCGGGACGAGCUUUACAAUGUCCAGAUGGAGGUGAAGCAACUGCAGGUCACUCAGCACAGUCAUGCUGAGAGGCUUAUGAGGGUAGAGAAGCGCCUAGCUGAGGACGCUGCGGUCAAAUCCGUAUGGGCAACGCCGCAGUUCCCGAGUGCCCUGAGUGGCACGCCACAGCAUGGUCCUCUGCAAAUUUCGCACGCCGAUGUUUUCGACGACUUUGACGAACACGGCCAGAAUCUGCUUGGCUCCCUGCACCUGGACGCAGAGGACGAGCCGGUGCGGCGCGGCGCGGCAUCACGUGCCAACAGUGUCCGCUUCGAUGAGAGUGCGCUGCAGGCUUCCGGUUGGGGUCAGAGCACUCGCCAGGCGGGCGAUUUUGCCCCAAUUAGACCGACCAGUGGCUUCGGUAUGAUGGAGCGGUCCCUGUCACACAAGUCGGACGGGAGGCAUAGCUCUGCAGGCCACUCUGUCCAUUCUGUCCACUCAGUGGCGUCUGGCCGAGGCAGCAGUCUGGGCCACUUGGACACUAACUCGGUAUUCGGGGCACGGGAGGAGGAAUCACCGGUGGAGAUACCAGAGCCGCCCCCGGGCUUGUUUGUCUUGGGAUCGGUACCUGCCAUUGUGAGGUGUUGGCUGACCGAAAACUUUGCCCACAACACUUUGCUAUAUGCCGACGUCUGUUCAGGGGCACAAAGAUCUACCUUGGAUUACUCCCUUGCCAAGGAGCUCGAUCUACUUAGCGAUGUUCACAAAGGCGCAGAUGGUAUCAGUCGUUUGACGCUCACAGUCUAUCUUGCCGAGGCUAUCGUCAGCCAGUCGAACUCGACACGGUCACCGGGUCCGGUGCCGCAUAUUCCCAACAUGACGGUCAACUUUGAGGUAACCGGGCUGGAGGUUCCUGAAAGUCCUGAGAGCAAAAAAUCGAUUCGCAUCUUCAUUGGGACCGACGCCCUCCGGGCCCACAGCGCCGAUCUCUUGUUCUCGCAGAACCUGAUGACGCUAUACAGCAGCAACCGGGACAAACUGUCAGUUCCUUUCGUGAGACCUGAGGAUGACUCUCUGUUUCGUUUCUUAACCACGAUCAACAUUGUCCCUGAGAAACCGAAACUCAAUGCCUCUGCGCCCGAGUUCGUCCUGGGCAACAGUGCGAAGUCUUCUCCUCCACGACAGGCCGCAGAUACAGCCAACCAGCAGCCGACGGAGAAGGACGCCAAGUCGCAAGACGCCCUUCACGGACAUGGGUCAAUGUCGCCGCUCGCGCUACCACCCUAUCAGCCGCAGACAGCCGUUACCGGGUCCAGCACACAUUCUGAGAGCGGCGCAGAGAGCGAACAACCGUCGACUAAGGGAAGGAGCACUAGCAGCGGCAAGGACGAGCCAUCGCUAUCGUCCUCGGACACCAAUCAUAACACUCGCCGCUCAACCACAGAGUCUACUCCGGGCAUAUGGGGUUCUUGGCGACAGGGAGCGGCCGCCGCCAACGGGAGCGGAGGUGAUGGCGCUGCAGCCCAGCGUGGCGAGAAUGGGUUGAGUGGCUACCAACCAGCCGGGCGCAGCCGUAUGAAGGUCCUGAAGCCCAGCAAGUCGGCCGCUGGCGGCGGCAGCACGCCGUCUUCGUCCACCCGAACAGGUCAAUCCUACGAACCACCACCGCCACAGUCAUCAUCACGGAGCAGCGGCGAGCACCGGCGGAAGAGCGCCGCUGCUGGUGGAGCGACGAACGCUGCUGAGAAUACGCCGAUGAGUAGCAGCACCCACACGGUUCGCUGGGAGAAGCGCAGCAUUAGUGGGAGCAUCUCGAGCUUCAAGGACGGCAAGCUCGGCGGCAUGGUCAAUUCCGAGUCGCGGAGCUCAUCGGCCACGCUGCCGAGGUCAGCGAACCCAGUCGGUGGCGCAUCGGCCUUUUCGUGGAUGACUCCGGCGUCUAAGCCCAAGACCCCUGCGGUUGGCGAGUGAUUGAUAGUCUGCGUGAAGAGCCUUUUUGAGCUGUUUGAGCUGGCUCCAACGGCCUGCUUACCGGGAUAGGAUAUCAAGCGAUUUCGUGGCAAGGAGGCCUAUUAAGACCAUCUACCAUGAGUGGUAAAUAGUUUCUACUCGUAGUCAACCUGGGGAGUUUCUUUGUUUGUCGCUUCAAGGUGUCCUAGGCGUGGUUUCUAAGCUACAAAUCGAUGACAGCGACUGUAGAAAUGAUCAGCUAUAACUUGGUUAUACUAAAUCGAUCAACCACAAUAUUGGUAAUGGCUAC